AUGGAUGUUGCAUUAAAUCAAAUAUCCGAUAUGAAUACACGUCUUGUUGAUAUGGAUCGUGUUCGUAAACAACUUGAAGCCGAAAAAUUAUCAUUAGUAUCAACAAUUGAAGACUAUCGUGAACAAUUACAUAUUGAAAUAACUAAAUAUAACGUAUUGAAUGCUUCUAUUGACAAACUUCGUACUGAUUUAGAAAGAAAGAUAGCUGAAAAAGAAGAAGAACUUGAUGCACUUCGAUCAAGUCAACGAAAACAAUUAGAACAAAUGCAAGCCCAAAUGGAAGAAAUUGAAGUACGUUAUAAAACAGAAGUUAGUCGUAUUAAAUCAAAAUUACAAAAUGAAAUUGAUGAAAUACGUAUUCGUUAUGAUUCACUUAAAAAAAUUAAAAGUGAAAUGGAAAAUCAUCUUAAAAAACUUCAAGCUAAUAUUAAAGAAGCACAAGAUCGUCUUAUUGAAGAACAAACAGCACAUGCUGCAACAAGAGAAUUACUCAAUGCAUCAGAAAAACGAUUUAGUCUUAUUCGUGUCGAAAUCGAAGAACUACGUGUUUUACUCGAUCGUAGUGAAAAAGCUCGUAAAACAACUGAACUUGAAUUACAUGAUUCUGAACAACGAUUAACUGAAGCAACAUCAUUAGCUAAUCGUGCAAUUGCAGAACGAAAGAAAUUUGAAGCUGACGCAAUGCAAUAUCAAGGAGAAAUUCUUGAUGUUCGACAAGAAAUUAAGAUUGUUGAUGAACGGGCCCGCAAAUUAGCUUCUGAAUUAAUUCUUCGUGAUGAAGAAAUCCGUCAUGAACGUGAGAAGACAGCUGAAUCAGAAGCAUCUAAACGAGCAUUAGAUCAACAGUUACGUGAUUGUAGUUCUAAGAUUGAUGAAGCUGAAGCUUAUGCUCGAGCUGAAGGAAAACGUAUUGCUGCUAAAUAUGAAGGCCGACUUGCACAACUCGAAACCGAAAUUGAUUUAGAACGUGCUCGUUAUCAAGAACUUCUUAAAGACUUACGUCGUAAUGAAAGACGUGUUAAAGAAUUAUUAAGUCAAGUUGAUGAAGAACAAACUAAAGUUCUUUCACUUACAGAUACAAUUGGCAAAACUAAUGAUAGAAUGCGUAUUUAUAAAUCACAAAUUGAUAGUGCUGAAUCGUCAGCUGCACAAGUAUUAACACGUGCUCGUCGUCUUGAACGAGAACUUGACGAUGCUGAACAGCGUGCUGAAGUCGUUACAACAACAUUAAUUCGUUCACGAUCUAUGCAUCGUAGUGAAUAUGAUUAA